AUGACUCAGAGCACACCAGGAAGCUUUGGGGCCAAGUUCAAGUUCAGGAACACCAUGAAACAGACGUUAUUAAAAUGGCGAGCACAUCUGCAUCGAGCGUCGCAGGAAGUCUUGAACGAUGCAUACGGCGAAACCUCAACGAUAGAUCUUAUGUUCGAAUCGGGGGCUGCAGAAGAAGGCAUAGCCUUGAGCACGAGCGAAGAUCGGAACAGUGCCACGUCUUUGGCGUUGACGAAAGAAAUGCGACUCACGGACGAAGAGGAGUCUACAGAGGACGGAUCUGUGCUGUCACCAGAUUCAAAGCAGCGGCGAGCUCCCGCGAUGCAGCCGGUAGCGUUUGCAAACUACGAUGCCGUUGCAGAGUGUCAAAAACUACGGUCUUCGCUUAGCGGCCCGUUCACAGCUGGUGACCAGAUAUGGAAGCGCAGGCGCGAACUCUGGACGCAGCAGACCCCUGCGGCGACGAGCGUUGCCGCUGCUCAGCAUCGCGAACAAUUCGCAGAUAUUUCUUCGCAUCACUAUACGCGGAUCUACAAGAAACUAGUCGUAGAAGACACACCGUUGCGGCAGCCGUUGAACUUACAAGACGCGAUUACUGUCAUAAACGCCGGAUGGGUUGAGACUCAGAAAUGGGAGAGAGCAGCCAAAGGAUUGGCGUAG